AUGGUCAAGGUGGCCACCCUGCGCUGCAGCGUCCGUGAGCUGGAUGCAAAGCCCUACAUCUUUGAUCCAGACACUCAAGAAAAUGUUUGGGUGUCAACUGAUCAUGAUGAGAUCACCAGAGUGACCAAGGAAUGGGGGGCUGAAGUGCACAGGAGGAGUCCAGAAGUGUCCAAAGACACCACAAGCUCACUGGAGACCAUUCAGGAGUUCAGCAGACUAAACCCAGAUGUUGGCGUCAUCUGUAAUAUCCAGGCUACAUCUCCAUGUCUGCAUCCCUGUCAUCUCAAAGAGGCUGUGGAGUACAUCACCAAAGACGGCUGUGAUUCGGUCUUCUCUGUGGUCCGGCGACACCAUUUCCGAUGGCAAGAGGUCAAGGAAGGAGACUGCCAAUGUACUACACCGCUGAACCUGGACCCAGCUCACAGGCCGCGGCGUCAGGACUGGCCAGGCGAGCUCUGUGAAAAUGGCUCUUUUUACUUUGCUACUAGAAAACUCAUAGAAAAAGGGUUUCUUCAGGAUGGAAAAAUGAAGUACUUCGAGAUGAAGCCAGAGCACAGUGUGGAUAUUGAUGUUGACAUAGACUGGCCCGUAGCUGAACAGAGAGUGCUGAAGUAUGGUUACUUUGGCAAAGACAAACCUCAAUUUGUAAAGCUUCUGCUUUGUAAUGUGUCUGGAUGUCUGACAGACGGUCAAAUCUACAUGACCGCUAAAGGAGAUGAGAUGGUGUCCAUUAACACUAGAGACCAGGCCGGCAUCGACAUGCUGAAGAAAGAGGACGUGAAGGUUAUUUUAAUAGAAAACGACCCCAAUACCAAAGCCUUAGCUAAGAAACUUGCAAAGAGAAUGAAGUGUCAACUCCUGCAGGACGUGGGCGACAAACUGAAGAAGGUGCAGAAACUUAUGAAGAAAGAAGGGCUGGAGUGGAAAGAGGUGGCUUAUUUAGGAAAUGAUGAGCCGGAUGUAAAGUGCUUGGAACUGGCAGGGUUGAGCGCAGUACCAAUGGAUGCCCCGACUGUAGCGCUCAACCAUGCCAAAUACAUCUGCCAUAAUGCAGGGGGUCAUGGUGCUGUUCGAGAGUUUGCUGAACACAUCCUACUGCUGAAAAAGGAGGCCAAGUCUCAGAUGGAACCUGAACAUAACGUCUGCGGGACGUCUGCAUCUAUUUUUAACACAUUUUUAGACAUUACUAUAAUCUUUUUUCCUUAUUUAAUUAACAAAUAUAAUAAUAUUUGUCAUUUUAGAGUAAUAUAGAGUAUGGACAUUCAAUUGUAUACUAACAUUGAUCAUGCAGAGGGAAUUGUACAGUGGCUGAGAGAGCUCAACGCGCUGCAACUUAAGAAAACGCAUGCAAACAGAAAAAACGACAACAAAUUAAGAAAACAUCUUCAUCAGUUUGACAACACAGGCGCUGCAAAUCCUCGCAACGCAUACACAAAUACGGA